GGACGGCCAUCUUUGAUGAGGGCAGAGCUCACGUUGCAUUGAAGACGAAACCUCGGGGAGGUCAGGCGCUGUCUCUCCUUCCCUCCCUGCUUGGCGGCUCCUCCACACUUGCAACCUGCAAGGGGCCAGGCGAGCACCACCCUCCGAAGAAACCAAGGUUCUGUGUCCAAAGCCUUCACUGACCUCUAGCCCAAGCACCCAGCCACCCCACCCCCACCACUACCAUGGCUGAAGACGCGGACAUGCGCAAUGAGCUGGAGGAGAUGCAGCGAAGGGCUGACCAGCUGGCUGAUGAGUCACUGGAAAGCACCCGUCGUAUGCUGCAACUGGUUGAAGAGAGUAAAGAUGCUGGUAUCAGGACUUUGGUUAUGUUGGAUGAACAAGGAGAACAACUGGAACGCAUUGAGGAAGGGAUGGACCAAAUCAAUAAGGACAUGAAAGAAGCAGAAAAGAAUUUGACGGACCUAGGAAAAUUCUGCGGGCUUUGUGUGUGUCCCUGUAACAAGCUUAAAUCAAGCGAUGCUUACAAAAAAGCCUGGGGCAAUAAUCAGGACGGAGUGGUGGCUAGCCAGCCUGCUCGUGUGGUGGACGAACGGGAGCAGAUGGCCAUCAGUGGUGGCUUCAUUCGGAGGGUAACAAACGAUGCCCGAGAAAAUGAAAUGGAUGAAAACCUGGAGCAGGUGAGCGGUAUCAUUGGAAACCUCCGUCACAUGGCCCUGGAUAUGGGCAAUGAGAUCGAUACACAGAACCGCCAGAUCGACAGGAUCAUGGAGAAGGCUGAUUCCAACAAAACCAGAAUUGAUGAGGCCAACCAACGUGCAACAAAGAUGCUGGGGAGUGGUUAAAUGUGCCCACCUGUGUUCUCUUCCAAAUGCUGUUGGGCAAGAUAGCACCUUUGUGCUUUUCUCAUCUUAUUACCUAGUAGGUCUGCACACAUACACACAUCAGUCCACCCCCAUUGUGAAUGUUGUCUUAUAUCGUUCAUCAGCUUCCCCAAACUAUUAUGUGUCUUUUGUUCUUUCUGAGUCUCUUUCUUUCCAAAGGUUGUAUAUAGUAGUCAUUUGGUGGCUCUAACUCCCUACGUAAGAUGUCUUGGGUUUCAUUUUUCCUUUUCUCUCCUCAGUGGUGUUUGCUGAAUGACAACAAUUUAGGAAUGCUCAACGUGCUGUUGAUUCUUUCAAUACACAGUAUUGUUCUUGUAAAACUGUGACAUUCCACAGAGCUACUGCCACUGUCCUUUCUUUGAGUGUCAGGCUCUGAAACUCUCAAAAUUUGCUGUCCUUGGUUCCUCAUGG